UGCGUGGGCGGACCAAACGUUCUGCAUGGAGUGGGCUAAGAGGUCGUGCUGCGAAGGCCUGAUCCGCGGGCGGGGUGAGCUCCCCAAGGCGAGGUCCAUUCUGAUAAUGGACAACUUGCACGCGCAGACCACGGACGAGUUCAAGGGGUAUCUUGCGAAGCAGUGCAACACGAUCGCCUGGCUUGGCCCUUCGGAGUGCACGGACGAGGUGCAGCCAGUUGAUGCAGGAGCCGGACGAUUUGUCAAGGUGGAAGUUGGUAGCGAGAUGGACAAGUGGCUCGAUCAGUCGGACAACAUCGAGAGGUGGGAAACCGUGUCGCUGACUGCUUCUGACCGGCGCGCACUGAUCACUCAAUGGACGGGAGGGGCCAGGGCAAAACUCAACAGCAAUCAGGGGUACCGACACCACCUUUUCGAAAAGUGCGGGAUGGCGAUGACCGUGGACGGCUCAGGCGAUAAUCGAAUCACCUUGGAGGGUUUGGACCCGCCGUACACCUUCCCAAACGAUGAAGACUCCAGCAAGGACGAAGGAGGUUCGGAGGACAGCAGCGAUGGGCCCGAGGGGCGGGAGGAGAAGGGCGCCGGAAGGCGCGAGCCGGUCGUCGGAGAUGAGCGCAACGGUGCCAAGAGCGGGGAGGGCAUGGAGGGCGCUGGAUACAGCGAUGAAGACGACGACAGUAAACAUGUCUCAAUCCCAGACCGACGAGCUAGCUCUUUUGGACGAGGACGACAGCAUGGGGACCCAGACAACCCGGAGGACGAGACGCAGGGAAUGGAGAUCCCGGCGGGCUUUCGCCUUCAAGAAUCUACCCCCGGUGCUCUUGACAGAUUGCUUUUGCAACGUGGAGUGCUUGUUCGGCUUGGCAUGGGGUGGUUCGGUGGGUUGAUCAUUGAGCAAUCUCCGCAGCGCCACCUGUACGACUACUGUGUGCAUCUGGAAGUAGACCACAGUACGCGCAAUAUGAAGCUGCCCUUAGACAAGUACAGCGGAGAUCCGGACGCGGCGGUAGGCUCAUGGGUUUUGCUUGAGAGCGUUAGUAGGGCGGGAAGGGUACGCACCCCCAACGUCACUCUUGUGGACCAAGACAGUUGACAGUUGCCCCAUGGGGGGGUGUUUGCGGGUAUGAAACUCUGCGUCGAGUGCAGUUGAGUAGUGCACCAAUUGAGCAAUCGAUGAUGAAAUAAGAACAAUAACACCGUUUCUGGAGACAACUGGACGACGAAAUAAGAACCUGGCAAAUAAGAACUUGUGCUCGGCUUGGGGCAGCCAACAAGAAGCGAGCCUCGCUCCAAAUAAGAGGUUCUUAAGUGCGGGCCGGUUCUG